AAAAAAUCCCGGGCUCGAUCUGCCUCUCCUCUCCUCUCAAUAUAAAAAUAAAAACCAAAAAGGGCGAAGCGAACCUUCCCUCACCUCACCCGCCGCCUUGAACCUGAGCAAAGGGAGGGAGGCCAUUGCUUUUUUGCUUUAUCCCUGAUAUCGAUUUUCACACUCACUUUUUCACAUUUCACAUUCUGAUUCUGGAAACAUAUCACGGUUUGGACUUUGUAAAGACCGUCAGUCAUUGUGAACAAGGAAGAGGUCCAAAAACCAAAAAGAAAAUGAAGUACGUGCUGGUUACGGGAGGUGUAGUGAGCGGUCUGGGAAAAGGGGUAACUGCCAGUAGCAUCGGCCUUCUCCUUAAAUCAUGCGGCCUUCGUGUCACUGCCAUUAAGAUUGAUCCUUAUCUCAACACCGAUGCUGGUACAAUGUCUCCUUUUGAGCAUGGGGAGGUGUUUGUCCUUGACGAUGGCGGCGAGGUGGACUUAGACCUUGGAAACUAUGAGCGAUUUCUUGACAUCACAUUAACGCGUGACAAUAAUAUAACAACUGGGAAGAUUUAUCAGUCUGUUAUUAACAAGGAGAGAAAGGGAGAUUAUCUUGGAAAGACUGUCCAGGUUGUUCCUCACAUUACAGAUGCCAUCCAAGAGUGGAUAGAAAGUGCAGCAAUGAUGCCAGUUGAUGGAGAGGAAGGUCCUGCUGAUAUUUGUGUCAUUGAAUUGGGUGGAACUAUAGGUGACAUUGAAUCUAUGCCAUUUAUUGAAGCACUUGGUCAAUUCUCGUACCAUGUUGGCCCUGGCAAUUUCUGUUUGGUUCAUGUCAGCCUUGUGCCUGUUCUCAAUGUUGUUGGCGAACAGAAAACAAAGCCUACCCAGCAUAGUGUUCGGGGACUUAGAGGACUUGGCUUGACACCAAAUAUUCUUGCUUGUCGCAGUACAAAGGUGCUUGAUGAUAAUGUCAAGGAAAAGCUCUCUCAAUUUUGCCAUGUGCCGGCAGAAAGUAUUUUCACCCUCUAUGAUGUUCCAAAUAUUUGGCACAUUCCAUUACUACUGAGAGAUCAAAAGGCACAUGAAGCAAUCUUGAAAGGACUGAACCUUCUAGGGAUUGCAAGGGAACCUGACUUAACUGAGUGGACUGCUAGGACCAAAGUUUAUGACAUGCUUCAUGAUCCUGUUAAAAUUGCCAUGGUUGGAAAAUACAUUGGGCUUAAAGAUUCUUACCUCUCCGUGUUAAAGGCACUUUUGCAUGCUUCUGUUGGCUUUCAGAAGAAGCUUGUUGUAGAGUGGGUUGAAGCAAGUCAUCUUGAAGAUAUUACUGCUAUAGAGGAUCCUGACACUUAUAAAGCAGCAUGGAAUUGCUUGAAGGGUGCUGAUGGUGUCUUAGUUCCUGGAGGUUUUGGUGAUAGGGGAGUGCAAGGGAAGAUUCUUGCUGCAAAGUAUGCUCGCGAAAGUAAAGUUCCUUUCCUGGGCAUCUGCCUCGGGAUGCAGAUAGCUGUCAUGGAGUAUGCACGUUCAGUUCUUGGUUUGUAUGAUGCAAACAGUACAGAAUUUGAUCCUAAAACAUCAAAUCCUUGCAUCAUAUUUAUGCCAGAGGGUUCAAAAACUCAUAUGGGAGGAACCAUGCGUCUUGGAUCAAGGAGGACUUACUUCAAGGUUCCUGACUGCAAAUCUGCCAAGUUGUAUGGUGAUGCAACCUUUGUUGAUGAACGGCAUCGGCAUAGAUAUGAGGUGAAUCCUGAUAUGAUAUCAAAACUUGAAGCAGCUGGUUUGUCAUUUGUUGGCAGAGAUGAAACUGGUAGGCGGAUGGAGAUUGUUGAACUACCAAGCCAUCCAUAUUUUAUUGGUGUUCAGUUCCAUCCUGAAUUCAAGUCCAGGCCAGGAAAACCUUCUGCACUUUUCUCUGGACUUAUUGCAGCAUCAUGUGGGCAGUUGGAUUCACUUCUAAACAAUAUUGAUCAUGUGAGCAAAGUGAUGGCAAAUGGGAUAAGUAAUGGAAAAACAACUUUUAAGGCCAGAGAAAAUGGGAACUAUUUCAAGUCUUUGAAUGGUUCAUUAAAUGGCGUGUACAGCAAUGGUAACGGUGUGCACUAUUAAGGAAGCUGUGUGAUAGAACUGUUAUGGUUUUGGGUUUAAGUCUCUCCAAGAGCUUUUGAUAGAGAACUCUUUAUGUUAAUGGGUUUAAAGUUUUUGAUAGAACUCGGUUCUGUUUGUACAGUGGUUGAGUACGGGUAGGGAUUUUAGCGCUUGAGGAACUUCCUUUUCAGGAAGUAACUGGUUUUAGAGUGUUUUAAUGACACAGAUAGUAUAUGCGAGCAUCUUAGAGAGAAUUUGGACAAGAAGGUAGUAAACACGUCCAAAGUUGAACUUUAGUAUCCUCUGUUUGCCAGGAUUUUGGCUGUUCGAUUGUUAGAAGAGAAUGUCCCAUGUACAAUUCACGACCUAGCCGCUGCCACUAUACAAAUCUGAUAUGUUUGCAGUAAAAAAACUGACAUGAUGCUUAGAUUAAAGAAAUUGAAAUUUCUCUAUGUUGAUGACUCAUUUCCGUUCUUUUUUUUUUCUUUUCAAUUAAUAGGAAGAUUUUAGUUGAUCGUUGCCUAAAUUUGUUUUGGGUAGCCAAUUCGAUUGCUAUUUAUGAUGUGACUGUUACUUUGAUGAAUUGUGUAGAAUAUGUAUUGAAACGUGUUGUCUCAACAAAAGGUCCUUUUGAGCAUAAACUCCCAAGGCCAUGUUACCUUGUCCAGAUAACCUACUGGUGAUUAUGCCACUUUAGGUUGUACUAACGGAAAUUGUGCUAUUAGAGGUUGCCCCUGGGUGUACUUAGUUGAAGAUUUUGAGGACAUUUUACUCCCAAACCUGAGUAGGUUGUUGAUAAGUCUGGUUAGUAUGCUUCCAAGUUUGAUUUAGUCUCGUAGAUUUUACUUGGACCCUUCCUACAUGCGGUUGAACACCAUCAAUUUCUCUAACCUGGGAACCAUACCCCAUAUUAGGUCGGUUACCUAUACUUAGAUUGGUCGUUGCCCCCAUGACUUGGUUUUACCGUUGAGGAAAGCUUUGUUUGACUUGAACUCCUAAUCCUAGGCCUUGGUUUGCUUGAGCCCCUUGCCUUGGGUUUGGUAUCGCACUUAAACCUUUGUUCACUUGAUGCACAAAGGACCCUAACUCUGAGCUUGAUGAAACCCCAAGCCUUUAAUUAGUGCAUACCCCCUGACCUAAAUUUGGUUGAGCUCCUAUACAUGGUUGCAGUGCAACAAAUGGUUUAACAACAAGACUUCAUGCCUCACCACCAAAUUUUUGUAUUGAUGCAGUGGAAGUUGGCCCAAGGUUUGUUGAACUCCUCCACAUGGUUGCGGAACAACAGGUUGGUUUGUCAAGAAAUUUUCUUGUCUCAACGUUGGAUAUUCAUAUUGAUGUAACGAAUUCUGACUUCCACAUAAGUCAUUUUCUUUAAUUUUCUAGCUCCUAAAUUUUGUGAGCUUGGACUUUGUCCUGACUUUCGCCGGUCACUACCUCCUAAGCCUUGAACUUGAGAUGUCACUAACCUGAGUUAAGUCUCUCACGUCUCUCAACUCCAAUGUCCUAAACACACC